AUGCUAAAAAAGAUUUUGGCCCUCGUCGUCGUCCUGGCCGCAGCGGCCGCGGCCGACGAAGGCGCGCUCUCGGGCCCCUGCCGCGACGCGCGGCUGGUCGGCCCGGGGGAACGGGGCGGCCGCGCCAUCGACAAGUACGAGCAGUGCCAGAUAGCGAAGAGCGACGCCUGCGGCAACCACUACGCCAAGACGUACUUUUGCGCGACCUCGCCGGCCUCGCGGUUCUGCUUCGCGGCGCUGUGCCUCGCGUGGCUCGCGAUGCUGUUCGUGCUGCUCGGGAGCACGGCGGACGACUACUUCAGCCCGGCGCUCGAGCAGCUGUCCGAGGACGCGGGCCUGCCGCCGCGCUUCGCCGGCGUCACGCUCCUGGCGCUGGGCAACGGCGCGCCGGACGUGUCGUCGAACGUGCACCUCGUGGCGAGCGACGCCGUCGGCGAGCGGGCCGGCCUGGACACCGCCCUGGGCGCGCUCACGGGGGCCGGCAUGUUCGUCACGACGUGCGUCGCCGGCAUGGUGAUGGUCAUCGCCGACGGCGCCAAGGCGAAGGGCGCGCUGCUCCGGGACGUGACGGCCUACGGCGCCGCGUCGGCGGUCGUCUGGGGCGUGCUGGCGGGCGGCCGCGUCACCCGCGCGGGCGCGGCGACGCUGCUCGCGCUCUACGUCCUCUUCGUGCUGGUCGUGCUCGCGGCGGACCUCUACCACCGCCGGCCGGGCGGCCCCUACGACCUCGCCCGGCGGAGCGGCGCGACCGAGCCCGACGACGCCGUGGAGAUGAUGCUCACGCUGAUCCACGACGUCCGCCAGCGGCGGCGGCGGCCCCAGGUCGGCUCGUCGGCGGACGAGGAAAAGACCUCGACGCCGACGGGCGCGCGCAACCCCUUCUGGGCGCGGGCCCGCGUCCCGCCGGGCCGACGCGGCGGCGGGGCGCGCGCGCGACCGGUCGUCCCCGCAGGCGGACGACGACGACGGGCCCGACGCGACGCCCGCGCGCUCGGUCGUCAUCGAGGGCGACGACGUCGCGCCGCUGCGGUCGGCGCUGCUGGAGGCGCCCGCGGCGCCCGCCUCGGAGGAGGCCCUGGAGGGCCUCUUCGCCCUCGACGUCGUGGCGCGGGCCCGGGCGAACGUGCUCGCGGCGCUGGAGGACCCGCUCCCGCAGAAGGUCCUGAACGUCCUCGAGCUGCCGUUCACCGCCGCGCGGGCGGCCACCGUGCCGCUGACGGCCGGGGACCGCUACGCGCGGGCGCCCUUCGCGCUGUCCCUGCUCGGCGCGCCCGUGUGGCUCUGCUGCUACGCCCACGCGCGCGGCGCCCGGAACGUCUUCGUCGGCGGCGUCGUCCCCCUCUUCUACGUCGCGGCGGUCGUCGGCGCCGCGUGCGCGGCGGCGGCGUGGCACAGCACGCGCGGCAGCGACGACCUGCCCUUCGCGGCGGCCACGAUCUUCGCCCUGAUGGGCUUCUUCGUCGCGGCGACGUGGAUCGACGUCUUCGCCGGCGAGCUCGCGGCGGCGCUGGAGUUCUUCGCCGCGCUGUCGGGGAUCAAGCCCGAGAUCCUGGGCCUGACCCUGCUGGCCUGGGGCAACUCCGUCGGCGACUACUUCACGAACGUCGCCAUGGCGCGCAAGGGCCUCGCGAACAUGGCCCCCACCGGUGCAUGCGUCAAACCGUCGCGACGCGUCCCGUCGACGGCGACGCCGGCACUCACGGGUUGAUUUACGCGCAGGCCCUCACGGCGUGCUUCGCCGGGCCCGUGUUCAACCUCCUGGUGACGCUGGGCGUGGGUUUCCUCAUCCGCCUGGACAACUUCCAGGAGCGGCGCAUGCGCGUCGCGUCGAACGACGGCAUCAGCGUCGGCCUCGGCAUGAUCAUCGCGAACUGCGUCUGCGUCGUCGGCGCGGGGCUCCUGCUGGCGGGCCGCGUCCCGAAGCAGUUCGGCUUCUUCAGCGUGGGGCUCUACGUGCUGUACCUCGUGAUCGCGCUCGCCCUCCUGUUUUCCGCCGCGCCUGAGGGGGACGACUAAUGCGGAUUGUUUCUUGAAA